GAAUGCAGGACACGCCCACCACGAAACCUCGAACACACUUUGACCAAUAGCAGGCGACAAGUGUUGGCAUUCCCAGACUUUCAAGAUUUUGCGUGACUGCAGUUGGAAGGACGUUUUAUAAAAGGAAUGGGCAGAGAGUAUAAAUACGCCGAUCUGGUGCAGUGUUUAUUUAAGCUAUAAUUCGUUCAAGGAGACAAGGCAAUGAACAAAAAGCCCGGAACAAGUAUGAGCAAAAUAACCGACAUCCUGGAGCCUCUGAAGACAUUUGGUUGGGAUACCUAUGUGAAAACAACAGAUAAAGAUAAACAAAUAGACUUCGAUGACGCCGACCUCGAGGUCCUCUUGGAUGAGAUCACAUGUACAACCAGCGAUCUGGAAUACCCCCCCAUUAAGAGCCAAAUUGGACCUCGGGAGUCUUCCACCCAAAUCGUGUUCAACUCUAACUAUGACAACCGAAUGAAGCAUGACCAACAGCAUAGGUUCACUGCCCAGAAGGUCACGCAUGCAACUGCUGAAGUACAGUUAAAGGAGGGAUUCACCAGCGGCGAUGACGUCGGAUUCAGCAUCGACAUUCCAGAACCAGUCCGUAAAGCAACCGCCGGUUUUGGACGCCAAAUGGUCAUCCGGUCUAAGACCACCCACACCGUGCAGAAUGAGCUGGCUUGGUCUAUCGACACCAAUGUGCUGGCCCCAAAGAGGCUAGAACCAUAGCGAGGCUGGAGGUCAAGGAGGAGACAUUUGAAAGUGACUUCGAGGUGAAGGUCACUUUGACAGGAAAAGUAAAGAUCAGAAUCUCAAGAGAUGGCGAGUUUGUAAAGAUGGUCCAAAACAAAAUUGGCACCAUUCUCGGCGACCGUUUACCUUCCAAGGACAAGUCUUACUCAGUCAUUGACAAGAACUCGGUUACUUGGCAGGUGAAGGGGCACGUUUGUUUCAACUAUGGGGUCUCACAAAAUGUGGAUGUGUCCAAGACGAAACUCCCCAAAGUAGAACCAGUAACUGACUGUUCCAGUGGCGCAUAUAUUGCGCCGUCUGACAUUUGAGACCACCGAGACCGGUUACACAGUAUACAGCUGUCACAUGUAUUUCUCACUUACUUCUAAUUACUCUUAUUGUGCUGUUGUCCCAUGUUCUCUGUUCAAGAGAGCUUGAAUUAAUCUUUUCAUAAAGCUAAAAUAAACUCGUUUAAUUCACA